AUGGAAAGAUUUCAGCCUUGGACUGUAAUCAAGAAUAGCAGAGAGAUAUCUUCAGCAAGUAAUAUUUUAGAUGUUGUGUCUAAUAAUGAUGGAGAGACAAUUCCGUCAUUUGAAGUACAACGAAAGUUAAAAUCGUUUCAAAUAAACCCAACAAGUUGGCUUCAGAAUUUGCAAAAGAAAGGGUAUGGAAAGCCAUAUAAAUGGCUUCAAAAAAUGUGUUACAUAAGAGUUAAUGGCAUUCAAAAUUGGGAAGAGCAAAAAACUCUUAAUGUUAUAUCCAACGUUAUUAAUAAAAUAAAAAAGCUUUGGCAAUGCAGAUUAAUACUUUUUACCCAAUUAAAAGCUAUUGUAAAUAAUAAAAUAUUUUUAUAUACUGAAAAUGAAAAAUUACCUCCGGGUGAACCGUCGUGCAGUUUAGUGAAAUGGACAUCUAUUGACCAAGAAGACUAUUAUGCUUCAUUUGUAGACAAAACUAAUCAAGAUUCUGAUGUAAAAGAUUCCAAUUCAUUCUAUCGCGCAUUAAUUGUUAAAGGGUCAGCUAAAAUGGAAUGCCUUAUUAGCUUACCCCUGAAAUUCCCCUUCGAAAGUCCUCUAUGGUCAAUAAAUAUAUCUUGGAAUGGUCAACAUAAUGCAACCAAUAAUUCAGCCAUAAAGCUUAUGGAAUACUGGACCAAUUCUCUGUGCCAAGAACAACUUAAUAAUGAAAUGGCUAUGUUAUCUAUGCAACUUUUACGAACAAUGUAUAGUUUUGAUAUAUUUUUGGAAACGGAAGGACAAUUUUAUGAUCCUAAGGAAUAUAAAAAGGAAAAACAUUAUAAUAGAUCAUUUUCAAAACGUAUACGAGCUCGACCGUACCGUUAUAUAGGAGAUUCAUUCAAACAAUAAAUUUUAUAAUAAAGAGUCAAUAUUACAUACACAACUACAAUAUACUA